AAGUUUUUAAUGUGGCCCCACUGGUUGCUGGGAGUUGUAGUUCUCUGCCCUAUUCCUGCCCCUUCAGUUUCCGGUGCCGUCACGGGACAGAGCAGUCGGUGACAGCCCCAAGGCCCCCGCCCCGCGCCCAUGGCCGAACCGGACCCCUCUGACCCUCUGGAGACCCAGGCAGGGAAGGUGCAGGAGGCUCAGGUGAGAUGGGGAAGGGGUGGAGGGAAGGAGAGAGAUCUUGCUCCCCCGCCCAUCCCACACUGGUGGGAGGUGGCAGAGGGGAGAUUGUUACCCAAACCCUCAGCCCAUUGCCCCAGCCCCUACCCCCACCUGGCACAGCUUCCUGGAGACUGUCAGCAAAAAGUGUCCAGACCUGCCCUUCCAAACUUCCCUCUUUCCUUGCUCUGGGCACCCCAACCCCAUUCCCUUCUCACCCUCAUUUGUGCUGGCCCUGGAAGAGUCAGGUAUCAAAUUUGGUUCCUGAACUCACAGAUCUACUGGACAAGUGACCAGAAAAUGACCCUACAGGGUGAUUGUGAAAGUAACUUAGGGCACUGUAGGAGCCAGAGCAAACUUUCUGGGUCACAGAGGACUCCCGCUGGGCCCUUCCUAGAGGACCCCACGGGCUGAUCUAGGAACCAGCCUGAGCUAUAGUCACAACAUAGUAAAUGAAGAGUAACUUGAAAUUUUCUUAGACAGCAAUGGGAAAUGGUGCUCCAUGUAGAGGGUACAGCUUGUGCAGAGAACUGGGGCAGGAAAGAGUGUGAUGUGCUGCUUUGGUGGUUGGGUGUCUAAUUAGACUGGUGGGUAGUCUUUAUUGCCUACUUACUCCAGCCAGGAAUUCUGUUUGGUGCUUCUUGGGUACUAUCUCCUUUAAUCUUCCCAGCAUGCCUGUGAGGAGUAAGGCCCACCACAGCUGUUUUACAGACAAGGAGUUGGAGGCAGAGCUCUUAGGUAACUUGUCCUUUGGUAGAGAGGAACAGGAAAGAUUUGAGACCCCGGGCACUGGGUACAUUGCCCUCCAGAUGCUGCAGGGAGAAGACAUUUGAAGGCAUCUGACAACACCACCCCACACUCCCCAACAGUGCCUCACUGUCUCCACCCUGACAGAAUGCCAGCCAACCUGUAGCCACAACACUCUUCACAUGUAGGUCAGAAGCUGUGAUUAGGCUAGGUGUGGUGCACGUGCCUGUACCCCCAGCCCUCUGUAGGCUGGGACAGGAGGAUUGAAAGUUUGAGCUCAGCCUGGGCACCUUAGCACCUAGUAAGACCUUGUCUCAAAAUAAAAAAUAUAAGCGCUGGGGAUGUAGCUUAGUGUAAAGGCCCUCAGUUCAAUCCCCAGUAUUGGGGAAAAAAACAAAAACGCAAAACAGCUGUGAUUACCCCACAAAGGGACAGCAGAGCCAUGUCGAGUGCGUGACAGCCUCCUGUCAGUCCUCAGUGUCUCACUGGCCUGGGGCCCAGAGCACAACCAUGGCCUGAGAAAAGGUCUCAUGGUCAGAAUGGAUCUUCAGUACCAAAGAGUUGUGAGGCUGUAAACUCCAGCAUUGUCCAUAAUAGGCAGAACUGGAAACAGCCCAACCGGCUGUUUGAGAGACGGGUUAAGUGAACCCGCACAAUGCAAUACUGUGUAGCUGCUUAAAUGAACAAGGUGGGUCUAUGCUAUAUUGUUCAGUGAAAAAUGCAAUGAGAUGACUUAUUUCUAGAAAAAAAAUGAGUUUUUAUACUCAAAGAACAAAUCUGGAGUAGCUACUAUUACACUGUUAAUAAUGGUCGUCUCAGCGUGGUGGGUCGGGGCAAUUCCAAGGCAAGUGCCCGUGUUACUUGUCUAUGGCCAGAGUGUUUGCAAAGCUUGUGUAAUCUUUAAAACGGAUUUUUUAAAAAUUUAAUGUUUGCAAGGGAAGUUCUCGUUCAGAAAGUCUCAGAACCAGAGUAGUGAGUGUCUGGGGUGGGCCUGCGUACAGGAGACUGAGCUGUAGGCUGCGUGUUUGGCAGCAUCAUUGCAGGCCGGCCCACCUCAGAAGUGUUCGGCGGUAGAUGCCUAGAAGCCCUGGCCCCAGAGCCGAGUGUCCUGUGGUGAGCACGGGCAGUCCCUGCCCUUCCCUUGUAUUGCCAACAGUGUGAUGAUAGACUGCGGAGAUGUUUGUGAUCAAAGGAGGAGACUGGAGGAGCCAAAGAAGUGCUCUGAAGUGGAAGCAUGUGCACCGGCCAUCAUGCGGAGGCCGAGUGGACAGGAUGCCCUGGCGAGCUGAGGCUGUGCCUGAGGCAGGAGGCAGACUGGGGGACAGGGAGGCCACACUGAGAGGAGCCCGGGCUGAGGAGCAGGUUAGGGAGAGAUGUGAGGCCAGUCUGGAACAAGGUGGAAGUGAGAGGCCUGAGGGUCACAUGGGCGAGGUGUCCAGGAAGCCUCAGGAUCCCUGGGUCUGGGGAUGGCAAGGUGGUAUCUAUCGUCAGUGACUAUGCAAGGCCAUGGGCACAAGUGUGGCAGGUAGCCAGGGAAAGUGGCAAGGGGAAGCAGGAAGGGCGCAGGACAGAGUCCUAGAGCACUGCAGUUGGGAGGGCCCACAAGGUGAGCACCAGGCAGGUGUAAUCCAUGGGCUGCCCUCAUACAGCAGGCCUGUGAGGCUGCUGGGGAGAGACAGUGGGCCCACACUCCAGGGGACAGGGACGCCGGCAUAUGACAAGAGCAAAGCUCAGGGCUCCCUGAGCGCUGGUGCUGUGUGGCGCCUCCUGUGUGUUAACUCUGCUCCUCCUCACUGCAGCCCUCUGCGCUCCAUUCUCAAGAUGAGGAGCACCAGAGCCCACACAGUGAAGGACACAGACUUGGACGCUGAGGAAGGCGCAUCCGGUGGAGAGGCAGAGAUGGACUUCCUGAGGAGUCUCUUCUCUCAGACCCUGGGCCUGGGCUCCCAGAAGGAGCGUCUGCUGGAUGAGCUAACUCUGGAAGGGGUGGUCCGCUACAUGCAGAGCGAGCGCUGUCAGAGGGUCAUCUGCUUGGUGGGAGCUGGAAUCUCCACAUCUGCGGGCAUCCCCGAUUUCCGCUCUCCAACCACUGGCCUCUAUGCCAACCUGGAGAAGUACCAUCUUCCCUACCCCGAGGCCAUCUUUGAGAUUGGCUAUUUCAAGAAACAUCCGGAACCCUUCUUUGCCCUUGCCAAGGAACUGUAUCCUGGGCAGUUCAAGCCGACCAUCUGUCACUACUUCAUCCGCCUGCUGAAGGAGAAGGGGCUGCUCCUGCGCUGCUACACACAGAACAUUGACACCCUGGAGCGUGUGGCCGGCCUGGAGCCCGAGGACCUGGUGGAGGCCCACGGCACCUUCUACACAUCACACUGCACCAGCCAGCUCUGCCGGCACGAGUACACACUGGGCUGGAUGAAAGAGAAGCUCUUCUCGGAGGUGACCCCCAAGUGCGAGAAAUGUCAGAGCGUGGUGAAGCCUGCCCCCUUAGCUCCCCGACCAGUGCCCAGACCAUCCUGGGCACAGUGGGUCCUGCCCCUCUGUCUCCAUGUCACUGUCUCCUCUGGCUCUGGGCCCGUCUGUCUGCGCGUCUCCACCUCAGACAUCAUCUUUUUCGGCGAGAACCUCCCGUCUCGGUUCUUCUCCUGCUUGCAGUCAGACUUCCGGAAGGUGGACCUGCUCAUCAUCAUGGGCACCUCGCUGCAGGUGCAGCCCUUCGCCUCUCUCAUUGGCAAAGCACCCCUGUCCACCCCUCGCCUGCUCAUCAACAAGGAGAAGACUGGCCAGACUGACCCCUUCCUGGGAAUGAUGAUGGGCCUGGGAGGAGGCAUGGACUUUGACUCCAAGAAGGCCUACAGGGACGUGGCCUGGCUGGGUGACUGUGACCAGGGCUGCCUGGCCCUCGCCGACCUCCUUGGAUGGAAGAAGGAGCUCGAGGACUUGGUCCGGAAGGAGCACGCCCACAUAGAUGCCCAGUCGGGGUCCAGCACUCCCAACCCUACCACUGCAGCUUCCCCCAGGACAUCCCCACCUCCUGGCAAGGCAGAGGCCAAGACCACAGAUGGGGAGAAGCCCCAGUGACAGCCCACCACCCCUGCAGGACACCCAGCUGCUCUGGGACAGUGGAGCCCCAACAGCAGCGCCAGCCCCCUCUAACUUGGAGCCCUUAUCGGAAGAGCUCAGUCCACCCCUUCAGGCUCUAACCACCCCUCCUGAAACUGAGGCCCCAGCUGCUCCCCACUGGAUCCCAGCAAGUCUCUAACAUCCCCUAGGAGCCAAGGUCCGAGCAGCCUGUCUCUAACAGCCCCUUCUCUAACCGCCCCAGGGCUAAGAAGCAACCUCUCUUGAUCUCUAACUGCUCCCAGGGGCACCCCAAAACUCCUAACUGUCUCAGGACAGGGGGCUGAGGGCCCCCUACUCUCUCUACUGCUCCCAGGGGCUUGUGGCCAAGUAGACCAAAUCUAACCUACCCCAGAUGGGGUGUCAGCCCUCCAAGUACAACACACAUCCAUCCCAUGGGUGUGGGGAGCAUUCUGAGCCUGAAGGGCUCUCAAGGCUCUGCCACCAACACCCAAGAUGGGUGCUGGGCCCCUUUCCCUUGGGACCCACUUCCCACAUGGGGUGGGCAGAAGACGUUGCUUAUUGGAGAUAAAUUAAAAACAAAAAACCAACUAA